AUGGUCCCUCAACCAUCUCAAGGGACGUCCAGUCCAUCGGCAUCCUCUAUUUUCCUUCCACUCGGUCGACGAAGUUCCCGCGCAUCUUUGUCGACACAGGCGGAACGCGACAGUUUGAACGCCGCUCUGGACCAGAUACAUACAGCAGCCUACCAGUCCGAUGCCCUCACUGUGUUCAACGAGUUCGCUAGCCCGCCCGCCCCGGCGUCGGCCGUGGAUGAAAAGAGCAUAUCUGACGAGAUCCAGGGUGGUUUGAGUGGAUUAUAUAGUCGAUUACGGACUUCUGUUGGCGGGAUGAGAGGUAUGGUCAGCGGAGUAGGGAAGUCUGCAGAUGAACCGAGACGUCAUCCGUCGGAUCGCUUGACUACGAAACGUACCCCAGAUUCGGUAUCCCUCGACACUCAGCACCAUCCCGGCUCACCUUUGCCCUCAGCCCUGAACUCUCCAACCUCCGUGAGCCACCCGUCUACUCAUGACGGUUCCAUUGCGCCAGGCGCAUCAAAGUCCUCAAGGGUCUCCUCCAAGGCCGGGAGUAUAUCAUCGAAGGCCUCGGUGCCUCCGUCCGCGAACACACGACCUCAUAGUGUCUCACUGCCCGCGGCGUCCGGUAACCCUGGUGCUGUAGAUCCGGCGGUCACCGAAGUACAUGUCAAUGCGAUCAAAGAAUCUGCCCGUGCCAUGAGUGAUGCGUCUACCACACAACCAUUGAAUGACCUGCAACUACUGGAAUCAAGUGGCACCGAUAAUGAUGACUUCCCACGAAAAACGUCCCUGAGCUCUUCGGGAUGGAGUCAGCAGCGAACACACUCCCCGGUCUUACAAGCAAAGACCUAUACUAACGCCUACGAUGGAUCGGCGGUGGCGGAUGCUAGUAGUACUCAUAGCGGGAGCCAAGUUCGAGAUAACUCCAGAAGGCCGGACGGACGCACAGGCCGUGAAGUGGACACGGGCUUCGCGGCUUCAAGUCGGAAGGCCAAGCGCUCGAUUGAUGAGACACAGGACGGCAGCCUACCUCUAGACCGAACGAGAUCAAAUUCGGCCGUAUCAAUGCAGCCGGAUCUUACGACUAGUGCCCCAGCCUCCGGCACGGAUAGCGUCAAUUACUUUACCAGUGGAGAAGACAGCAAUUACGUCGAAGGACGCACACCUUCCACAUUAGCCACAUCUAUGUCGUUUGUCGAUGGUGAGGGUCAGUCAAAGGAAUCGCUGAAGUCCCGAGCCCAGAAUGACAGCAAAGAAAGACCGCAAAUUACUCGUUCCGGUCGGUUGCCUGGUUACCCGACAUCGCAAAUUUCAUCUGUUAGUACUACCAUGGGCUCUCCGACCAUUAUCACGCCCCUCAAUACUGCUUUUGACAGAAUACCUUCCCGAAACCAAUCUCGCCGUCCGAACCCAGGUGACGGCGUCGUAACUCAGCUCCGAAGUAGACUACUAAGUAAGGAUUUCUGGAUGCGCGAUGAAAAUGCGAAAGACUGCUUUCACUGCGGGGAACCCUUCUCAACAUUCCGGCGAAAACAUCACUGUCGUACUUGUGGUCAAAUAUUCGAUUCAAAGUGCACACUUCUGAUCCCAGGCGAGAAGUUUGGCCAACCAGGAACAAUACGCGUAUGCAAGCCUUGCGAGCAUAUGAUAAACGGUCAUGAUGAUGAUUCAUCUGAGUUCUCAGACAGCGAACAAAGCCCCAUAAUGGCUAAUCCCCGCGUGUCCGAGCUCAGCACCGGGAAUUCUUCACGCGCUGGCCCGGACGAUGAUGAUACAGCAUCCGUCAUUUCCCAGUCUCUUAACACUUCAAACAAAACACCCACAAUGGCUAUUCCAGCGACAAGACGUGCUGGAGAAGGGCACAAUCGCCGCUCAGCCGUUCUUGAGAUUAGUCCAGAUCGGCCUUUGGCUAGACCAACGUCUUCAAGAUCGUUAAAGUCUACCUUGAGUGGCCGACCUCAUUCUAUGGGACACAAGCGCCAUCAUUCCCGCCAACAAGUCAUUCGCAAUUUCAAACCCUAUCACGACGAGCGAGCUCCUUUUCAGCGGCGUCAUGGGGAUGACUCUCCUUUUGAGAUGCGCCUUCCUGCUUUCCACAAGGAUAACAUAAUAGAUCCAGACCUCGCUCAAUAUCUUUCCGACGACGCAUCCAGUGGCGAUGAACAGCCAAACCUACUAGCAGCAGCGACAGAAGGUCCACUGUCUAAAGGCGGCGUUGACAACGAAAGAACUAUGCUAGGUGGCUUCUUUGCCUCGAUGAAGAAGGGCCGUUCGGCUUUUGGGGACCGGAGCACUGUCGGAUUUGCCCAUUCCGGUCGUGACUUAGACGACAGCAGCAUGAACAGUCUUAGAGCGGCAAACUUACCCCGUUCUUCUCGCCGUCGCAAUCUCAGUGUCGCUAGCAGCAUUCAUCGCCAGUCCCCUCGUACUUCAAAGGAGGCUAUAUUCAACCCCUACGACCAUCAAAAUGCUGGGCAAGCUAUACCCGCUUCUCUAAACGCUAGCGGAUUCAAAAUGACUAGGAGUUCCUCCAUGAGAGGCUCUGGAGCACCGCCGGUUGAGAUGGGUAAAGCUAGCUUACAGCACGUUCGUAAACUGCUGCGGCAGCUCCUUGAUGACUCCUCAGUACCACAUCCUCAAAGCUGGGAGACAGCACUUCUUCCCAUUUUGCUGAAAGCAGCCGAUGAAGUGGACCCGGAAGUUCAGAGUGGCGACGAUAUGGACAUUCGUCAUUAUAUCAAACUGAAGAAGAUACCAGGUGGACGUCCUGGCGAUACCUCCUAUGUGUCAGGCUUGGUUUUCAGCAAAAAUGUCGCGCUCAAAAGCAUGCCCCGGAGCAUUAUUCAGCCAAAAAUUCUCAUCAUCGCCUUCGCCCUGGAAUAUGCGCGUCAUCAACAGCAGUUCAUGAGCUUGGAGCAUGUCAUUCGACAGGAACGUGAGUUCCUUGAAAAUCUGAUCAGCCGAAUAUCAGCCUUGCGGCCCAAUCUGCUGCUGGUUGAAAGGAAUGUUUCAGGACUGGCUUUGGAACUGCUAGACCGCGCCGGGAUUGCAACCGUGUACAAUGUCAAAUCGUCAGUCCUUGAGGCUGUUUCCCGAUGCACGCAAACCCGAAUUAUCACUUCUAUGGAUAAACUUGUGACCACCCCGGUGACCAGCGAAUGCGGCAGCUUCGAUGUGAAAACGUACGUCUACGGAGGCCAACGCAAGACCUACAUCUAUAUCUCUGGUUGCCAAAAGGAGCUUGGGUGCACAAUUGUUCUUCGCGGAGGUAAUGGUGAUGUACUUGCAAAAGUGAAAAGGAUCACUGAGUUUAUGACUUAUGUUGUGUAUAACCUCAGGCUGGAGACUUGUGUUAUGAGAGACGAAUUUGCGCAAAUUCCUGCGUCACCCACGGUCGAGAAAAAGUUUGAUGAGGCGCACCAGCGGCCACAGUCCUCGCUAGCGACAAUGCAAGACGCUGCGACAGUGCAGUCGACAAAACCCGUCACUGAUAAGCAAGAUAAGGGUGUAUCAAGCGACGUUGCCGACGUCCCUGAUGAUGUUCCCAUGCCGACCUAUUAUGAGGAUAUCGUUCGAGACCAUGAGACUAAGCUUCUGUCUGCAUCACCUUUCGUCAAAUUUGAACCCCCAUAUCUUCUUAUGCGGGCGAGGGCCAUGGAGCGGAGACUAGCUUACCUCAAACGCCUUCGUGAUCAAAGUUCCCAAGAGGACCAAUCAACUGACGAGAAGACUAAAAACCUCAAAUUCUCUCUUAUAACGCCGGAAAUGGUUCACGAGGCGCCCAAAGAUGCAUCUCCCAAGGUCAAAGAGGUCCUUCAAGCAGUCCAUGAUGCGGAGUACGACCGAGCCCUGCACCACUAUCAGACUCAAAAACGCCAGUGGGAAGCCUACAUUUCCGGCACAGUUGGUCUCUUCGACCCGUACGCGCACCAGAAUAUCGUCAUUCUGUUCAGCCUUGUUUGUACUACAACGUCGGUUCCAUGCUCAGGGCCAGAUCUUCUUGCGUUGGAGUUCUAUAAUGAGCAUGGAGAUGAUAUCGUAUUCGAGCCUGACUGUACACUCGGACAAUAUGUGGAGGACAUAUGUCUCAACGCAAAUGCCGUAUGUACGGCCAAUGGCUGUGAAAAGCGAAUGCAUGAGCAUCAUCGCCAGUAUGUGCACGGGGAAGCCCAGAUUAGCAUUUUCACUCAGCCAUAUCCCUCAAAGCUCCGAGGUUUUCAAGACACAAUUCUGAUGUGGAGCUGCUGCAAAAUAUGCGGCAAUGAAACGCAAGUCUUCCCCAUGUCUGAUAGCACCUGGAAGUAUUCCUUUGGCAAGUACCUUGAGCUUUCGUUCUGGAGCAAGAAUCUGCAUGCUCGUGCGGGAGUCUGCCCCCACGACCUGCAAAGAGAUCAUCUACGCUAUUUUGGCUUUAAGGACAUCGCUAUUCGAAUUCAAUAUGAUCCAAUCAAUCUGCUUGAGAUCAUUGUUCCCAGAACGAGAGUGACCUGGAAAGUUGAUAAUGACUUGACGCUCAAGAAAGAAGUUUACUUGAAGAAUGAGCAGCGCAUUACUAAAUUUAUGCUUUCGGUCAAAGCACGGCUAAAAGCAAUAAACGUUGAAAGUGUGCUACCGGAUCUCGUGGAGGAUUGUAAGGUGGAGAUUGAGAAUAUGACCAAGAAGGCCAACGAGCAUCACACUCAGAUGAUCAAGCAAUUGCAAGAGAGGUACAUGAAUUCUCGGUAUUGGGAGGUCAUCCCCUUGAACAAGGCGAUGAGGUCCGUUCAGGAAAAAGUGGUGGAAUGGGAUAACGCCUUCGCUGAGUUUGAAAAGAACUUUUUCCCGUCUGAGAAGGAUAUCAGACGACUGGCUACUCUGCAGUUGAAGAAGAUUUUCCUGGACAGGGAUGCCUCAGUCACUUCUCUUACUUCAAAUGAUGAACAACCGACAACUCCAACUGAGGCUGAAAAUGAGCGGAGUCAGACUCCAGAUGGUGCUCGUAUAGUUCGCCGCAUGACGCUAUCCCCUGAGAAAACCCAGGAUUUUCUGACUUCGGUUGUUGAGGAGCAUUCAGGGGAGAAGAAAAGGGCCAUACCUCCCGAAGACCAUACCAACGCUGACGAAAUGCGCUCAGCUGCCCCGUCUCCUACCCCAGAGGGAAAACUCACUUCAGCAUCACAAGAAUCUCUCCACGAGGGUGCUGAAGUUGGAACUGAGACACAAAAUGCGGAUUCAUUAGCUGACUCGGCCCAGGAUGAAAUACCUCAAUCCUUGGGCAAUGAAGGCCUUUCAAAGCCCUCGGCUGAACGAGACAACCCGGAGGUAUUCCCUGAAGCCGUAGAAGUGGCCGAGGAUAAGGUCGGCGAUGCGGGCAGAAGCGAGAGCAAUGACGUUGAGCAGCCGACUGUUGGAUUGCCCUCGACGCCACAGCACGGUUUCUCUGCCAUUCCACGACCAUCAGAAGGUUCGUUCCGCCUCAAUGGGAAGUCCUCCUCUCCACCACUACUGCGCGCGCGAACACAGCCUGUCCUGAAUCUGAAGGAUCUUGCGCCGGACUCAAUUAGGGGCACAAGACUUGGUCCAGGCAAACUCCAAAGGUCUAGCGGCACUGUGAGCCCGCCAUUAGACUUCAAAUCGAAAAACUCAGAUAAAAGGUUGUCAGAGCGCUUUAAUCUUAGCGCAUUCCGAACUGCACGGCUCACACCGGGUCAAUCUUUGAUACCUCGCUCAAUACCUUCGAAGAAGAAUCGUGUAUCAUCUCUGGCCAAACAUUUCGAACAAUUGAGCCGUGAAUUUGAGAAAGAGCGCCAGCGUGAGCGAGCCCAAAGGGCUGCUAAAGGUAGCCACUCCCGUGCGUACCCCCUUGCUUCGUCGAAGCCCAUCGUGGAAGUGUACAAGAAUGUUCGCGAAGCAGUGGAAGAGCGCGAGCCAUCCGCUGAGGGUGACGACCUUCCCUCAUCGGUCCCGCGACUUUCAACGGAUGAGUCAGGUCGAGGGAGCCAGGACUCGGCAAGAGCUCCGUCAGACGAGGAGCAACGCCUACAGCCUCCAACCCCUGAUCCAUCCGCCGCUGAACCGCCAGCAAGCCAGUCUCAGGAAAUUGACCAUAAUAUAUCCGAAGCCGAGGCUGAAGAAGGGCACAGCGACGAAGAGCGCACCUCAGUAGACGGGCAUCAUGUUGCAGAUGCAAGCGACGAAUUGGCUAAAAAUUCACCGGAGGAUGAGUCUAUAGACCUGAAGGAGUUACCGAAGCACGAAAGGAGUACGCUCUUGAAACUGUUGACGAACUUUUGGUCAGAGCGAUCAGCCAGCGGUUGGGCGCCUCUUGAUUACCCACUCACCAUGUCUGACCACGUCUUUGCCGACUGCGAUAUAAUCGUGCGCGAGGACGAGCCAAGCUCACUCAUAGCAUUUGCCUUAGACUCCGGUGACUACAAAGAGAAGUUGGCUAGCAUACAGAGACGGCAUGAAGAAGCAGGUGACAAUUCGCUUGACCUGGAACGUGGCGUGGAAGCAAUGGAUGAGGCGCGGGUAGAGCAUGCGCUGCUGCGGUCUACCGGCACCCAUCUCAAGUACCAGUUUCAAGAAGGGCAAGCGAAGAUGCUGUGCAAGGUCUUCUACGCGGAACAGUUUGACGCCCUGCGGAAAAAGUGCGGCAUCGCAGAUCGCAUCGUGGAAUCACUAUCCCGGUGCGCCAAGUGGGAUUCGAAAGGAGGAAAAACCAAUUCGCUGUUUCUGAAAACUCUUGACGACAGGUUCAUUCUCAAGUCGCUGUCGCCCAUCGAGACACAGGCUUUCUUGAAGUUCGCUCCUGCGUAUUUUCAAAUCAUGUCUGAAGCAUUGUUUCAUGAGCUCCCAUCUGCAAUUGCAAAGAUGUUUGGCUUCUACCAGGUGAUUAUCAAGAACCCUGCCACAAACACCGAGUUCAAUUGGUUCCUUCUUCUAAUGGAGAACCUUUUCUACGACCGAGUGCCAACACGGAUUUUCGACCUCAAGGGUUCAAUGCGGAAUCGUAAGGUGCAAAGCACCGGUGAACGAAAUGAGGUUCUUCUUGACGAGAACAUGGUGGACUUCAUCUAUGAGACUCCCUUGUUCGCUCGGGAGCACUCAAAGAAGCUUCUAAGCCAGAGCGUGUGGAACGAUACUCUCUUUUUGGGCCGUCAGAAUGUCAUGGACUACUCGUUGAUGAUUGCCAUUGAUGAGAGUCGCUCUGAGUUGGUGGUUGGAGUUAUUGACUGUAUCCGUACGUAUACCUGGGACAAGAAGCUCGAGUCCUGGAUUAAAGACCGCGGAUUCGCUGGUGGAGGCAAGAACCGGCCUACAGUGACCAGUCCGAAGGAAUACAAGAGUCGGUUUAGAGAAGCUAUGGCGCGUUACGUGCUACAGGCACCAAGCUGCUGGCAUCAGUUUCAAUCAUCACGAUAUGCGCCAAUGGAAGCUCAUGGGCACUUGAGCCACCACCACUCUCUGACCGAGGGAGACGCCGCUGAAGCUGCUGGACACGGCUUCUAG